AUGUUGAAGACAAGACAAGAGACUAAAGAAGAUGAGGAUUUGAGAAACUUUGUGGCGCUUAUAGGUAUCAUUGAAUUUGUUGAAGGAGAAGAAGUAUCUGAAUCCGAAUCUGGUGAAGAACAUGAAGAUGAUCUUGCUGAGAGUUACAAGGAGGUACGGGAGACAAUUAUCAGGCUUGGGCAAGAGAACCUAGCACUGAUUAAGGAGAAGCAGCGACUUGAAGCACUGGCUGAAUCUUUGCAGACAGAGCUGCAAGCUGAACGAAAACUCAGUCAGGAGAGUGUACUGUUGAUGAAGAAGAAACUCAGUCUAGCUGUCAAGGCAAGUAAUUUGGAGAAGGAAUUGCAUGUGGAGAAGGGAAUAUCUCCUCAACUUCAGUCGCAACUUGAUCUGCAAUAUAAGAAGAUUCACAUGUUCGCUGGUACAAGGCAAUUUGACAAGAUCCUGUCUUAUGGAAGGACUGAAAACAUCCACAGAGGUCCGAGAUACACUGGAAGAAAUGGUCUAGAGGCCAAAAACAUCAAGUUCGUGUCAGCUGGUGUGUCUUUACACCGUUUUCACAUAAAUGAAAGUACUGCAGCACGCAGAACUGAAGUUGGUAUGGAAAGCGCGGACACAUAA